UGGGAUGUCAAUGCCCCCAAGCUGGUGAUCACAUACAUAAUUCUCUUGCUGGUUGCUGUGACCCUGGACAGGGUAGCAAAUAACACCGGGGUCGAGCUUGCACAAAGGCCGAUCGCUGCAAAGACUGUGGGCUAUCAUCUGUUAGGCAUAUAUGGCUCUAUGACUUUCUAUAGAAUCUUUUUGCAUCGUCUGUCUCGAUUUCCUGGUCCGUUUCUUGCCAGAUUGUCCAAUUUCUACGUCACUGCGUUAUCUGCCCGGAAGCUUCACCUUUACGAGGAGACGGAGAAACUGCACAAAAAAUAUGGAGAUUAUGUACGGCUAGGCCCCACGGAGUUAUCUAUUGCCGACCCAGAUGCAGUGAAGGCAUUAUACAGCCCCCAAGCAAAGGUCUCUAAGGGACCUUGGUACACAGUCUUGGAACCACGUGUCUCUCUUCAAAUGGUCAGAAACAAACAAGAGCAUGCACGUCGAAGGAAGGUCUGGGACCAAGGCUUCAGCUCUCGAGCUUUGCGUGAUUAUGCGCCUCGAGUAUCGCAUUACACAGAACUGCUCCUUCAAGUCAUCCAAAGCGAGCUCGGAAAUCCCAUGGAUAUUGCUCGGUGGUUCAACUACUAUAGUUUUGACGUGAUGGGUGAUUUAUCGUUUGGGAAAUCGUUCGACAUGCUCGUUGAUGGCAAGGACGCGUAUAUUUUAAAACAAUUGCACGCGGAUAUGAAAAAUAUUGGGUUAUUCAGUCAUCUGACUUGGUUAUUUCCAUUUUUCAAAAGGAUUCCAGUGCUGAACGCGGAUUAUUUGAAAUUUUGGAAUUGGGUGGAUGAGCGAGUUGAUGAAAGAAUCCAGAUAAAAGAGAGAAUUGCUGCUUAUAAGCGGGUGCAGAACUCUCCAGAUCGCCCUGAUGUCUUUUCCUGGAUUUUGAAGGAUUAUGAGCACCAUCCAAAGACAAAACAAAACACACUCGAUCUCCACGGUGAUGCGUACCUGAUCAUCGUAGCUGGCAGACUUUCCAACUCAAGUGACACCACAGCUGCGACCUUGACCAAUAUUUUCUUCCAUCUGGCUUCUGACCGGACGUUAUAUGAAAAACUUCAGGCUGAGCUGGAUGCUUUGCCAGAGUUAUCUUACGACAAUCUAAGAGGAGCUAAAUUACUCGAUGCAGUGGUUAACGAAACGCUUCGUCUACAUCCUGCGGUACCAUCAGGCACCCAGCGUAAGUCUCCGCCUGAAGGCAUGACUAUCGGCAACACGUACAUUCCAGGAGACGUUAUCGUGUGUGUACCAUUACACGCAUUAUUCAGAGAUGAGCGCGUCUUUGCACGCCCAAAUGAAUUUUUACCCGAGAGGUGGACUACCCAUCCAGAGCUUGUCAAAGACGCAUCCGCGUUUAUACCAUUCAACAGCGGACCAUACUCGUGCGUUGGAAAGCAACUUGCCCUGAUGGAGCUUCGCCGAGUGACUGCAGAGAUACUCAUUCGGUAUGAUGCCGCAUUUGAUACAAAUCAGACUGCGGCCGCAUUCUUGGAUGGCAAGAAAGAUACGUUCACGCUUGCCACGGCGCCGCUACAGCUCGUAUUCAAGGAGCGGAAAAUGCCUCAAGUCUGA